AUGCCAUCCGGACAUGUCGAAGCAAUCAUAGACGGCACUGUAGUGGCUGCGUCUGAUACCUACGAGUUAGUCGAGGGAAAUGUGUAUUUCCCGCCGUCAUCCGUCAAGUCCGAAUUCUUAACUAAGACGGAUUUGAGCACUUACUGUGGUUGGAAAGGCGAUGCAAGCUACUAUACUAUCAAAGUCGGAGACAAGGAAUUCGCGAAUGCUGCGUGGUACUAUCCCGAACCCUUCGAAAAGGCGAAGCACAUUAAAGACUAUGUCGCUUUCUAUAAGACGAAGGUGAACGUGACAGGGGUAUGA